AUGUUUGCUGCUGCUACCGUAGUUGCUGUGUUUGAAAAUUAUUUGCUGUUUGCUGCUGUUUGCUUUCGGUAUUUGUUGUUUGCUGCUGUUUGCUUACGGUGCUGUAUGAAACAAACGGGUGAAACCCAACAACAAAAAAGGGUUAGAAUUAGUUGGAAGGAUCCCAAUAUUGUCAAAACCUUUUUAGAAAGUUGUAUUCUAGAGGUUGGGUUGAAUGGAAAAGAGGGUGCUAGCUUGAAGGCACUCUCGUGGAAGAAAGUUGACGAUACUUUGAAAAGCACACAUAACUUUGUGGUCGAUCGAAAGCAAAUGCGGAACCAUUUUGUUUACUUUAAAGGAAAAUAUGGUGCUUGGUUGAAGUUAAGAAACAAAACCGGCAAUGUUUAUGAUCCUUCAACAAACACGUUUAACUUGAUCCUCGAGGAAUGGGAAUUGGAGAUAGAGACCAAUAGGUAUGUUGAAUCAUUAAGGACUACAAGUCUUCCAUAUCCCGACUUGUGUGCACGACUAUUUGAGGGUGGUAUGUCCACGGGUAUUGGAGGCCAUGGACCGUCGUCAGAAGACCCUUUGCCAACUACCGAGCCUUUUGUUGUCAUCGAGGAAGAGAUCAAUGUCUCAAGUGAUCAAGCUCCCGUGUCUUCAACACCUUGUUCAUCUCGUGCCCCGAUUGAGAAACAGAAGCGUAAAAAGACUAUGGCAACGACUUCAGAGCUUGACGAAAACCUUAUAAAGUUUUUAGAUACUUUGGCAUCGAAAUAUGGGAAACCUGAGCUUUUUAGUUAUAAGUCAUGCCUAAAAAAAUUGAACGAGCUUGGGUGGGCAAAAGAUGAUCCGUUGUAUCGUAUUGCCUUUUCUCUUCUUACGGACAACCGUAAUAGAGAAGCUUGGAUGACAAUACCGUCUGAAAUUGCCAAAGAAUGA